CAUUUGGUUGAUAUUUCUAGUGUGAGCAUUUAAAAAGAUCGUCCGAAAAAAUUAGUUGAAUUUUUAUUGAAGACAAAAGCAAAUACGUCGAAAACAAGCGCAGCUAAAAAAAUCAAAUCAAAAACACCAAAAUAGACUGACAAACCAGACAUAAUGAACCAAGGACAAAACGACGAUCAAAGUGGAUCAAAUGCCAAGCGGAUGAAACCGAAUGAUGCUGAUGAAAUCGAUGAAGAACAAUUGGAACUACCAUGUGAAGAUGAAGAAAUCGAUGAAAUUGAAGAUCACGAAAUAGCCGAACAACCGUUUGGAGGUGAAAAAACGCCUGAAAACCAGGAAAUAGUCGAGGUUGAUAAAGAAAAUGAUGGAAAUAAGGAAAAAACUGAUUGUAGUGAAAGUGAUCAUUCGGAAAAGUCACUUUCGUCCCGAUCUCGCUCGAUUUUCAGAUCACGGCCGCACAUUCAUGCCCGAAGCGAUUCGGAGCGUCGUCGAAGCGGAAGUCUUAGCAGUUCACGCAGUGGUAGUGCAUCGAGUUACAGUGGUUCAGCCAGGAGUCGAAGUGGCAGCAGAUCUCGUUCACGCAGCAAAACACCAGUGUCAAGCCGCAGUGAAUCGGUUAAAAGUGGUUCUCGUUCCCGCUGCGAAAGCCCUGCAUCCAACAGAAGCGGAUCAGUCAGAAGUAGAAGUCCUUCAAGUUCUUAUUCAUCACGUUCGAGAUCACGUACACACAGCGGUAGCUCUCACCAUCUCUCACCUCUAACCAUUUCUCACCACUCUGAUGACACCGAUGAAGAUGAGUCAGAUGACACCGAUAAAGAUGGGUAUGAUGACAAUACAAAGAACCAAGAACAAAUCGCUGAAAGUGGACCAGAGAAUAAUCCAGCUAAGCGUGAUAUUGUUGCUGUAAAUGAAGAACAGCAAUUGGCUGAUAUUUUCAAACUUAAUAUCGAUUGUUUUGAACUAGUGUUCGACUAUCUAUCGCUAAAGAGCUUGACAGCUGUGAGCCAAACAUGUAAACGAAUGCAAACAAUAGCCGGUUAUUGUUUUCAACUAAACUAUCGAUCCGCAAACGUGGAAUUUUAUGACGAUGGUUUUUACCACGACGGUAAAAGGAUAGAUUGUUUUAAAAUUUUCUUUCAAAACGUUCAAUUGAGUUAUAUGUGUUCACAAAUUGAUGAAUAUGCUGCUUUCUUUGUUGAAAAUGGAAGAAUCAAGACUUUUUCACAUAAUAUGAUGAUGAAUUUUGUAACUCUAAUGAAAGAUUCAACAUCAAUAAAACGAAUCGAAAUUGGUUGUUGUCAUGGUUGUGUUCGUUUAAGAAAGGCUCGGAUUAAAGAAAUGUUAGGAAUUUUAAGUAGAGCUGAAAGAGUAACGAUAAAUACUUAUGAAAAUGAAAAUGUAUUGGACCGGAUGUUUGGUGCUUGCUCAAAUGCCAAAUUUAUUUUGGUGAAAAUUAUAAAAAACGAAAGCCAAUGGAUGCAUCGAAUCUAUCCAACAUUGGAACAUUUUGCAGUGACGGGGAGUGAUUGGCAUUGGGUGGAAGAAUCACCAGGAUUAAAAACAUUUCUUGAACUAAAUACCAACAUUAAACAAUUUUCUGUUAAUGCGUAUUUCUUUUGGUUAAAUGGAGAGUUGUUCAAAAGUUCAAACAUCAAACUUGAUACAUUGGCGAUUGAAUAUGACAAGCGUGGAGCUCAAAUCGAUUCAUUUUGCCGCUUACUAAAUGAGCUCCAUGAGUCUGGAUUUUAUAAGAAACUGCAUGUUCACACCGAUUGCUUUGGUCAAGAAGUUAUCGAUCAAUUGGCUUCAGUAAAAGGUUUGGUAAGCUUUUGUGACGUAUCCAAUACAAAUUUCACAAUCAAAAUUGGUGCUUUGAGAAACUUGGAAGAACUAUACAUGUUUAACAGUUAUUGUAUUACUGAUUUGAAGAUACUUCCUCAUAUCCUUUUGAAACUUAAAUGCAUUCAUAUUUUGUGGGCCAAUUCUGAUGACAUUUUACCAUUUAUCUGUCACUCAAAGAAUUUGAAUAAAAUUAGAGUGUACAAUCUUUCCAGUGGAUCGCAUUGCAAUGCAUACAAGAUACUUGAUUUAUUUGCAUUGAAUAAAGAACGCGAAAAACUAGUUGGAGCUCACAAGAUCACGAUCUACAUAAGAGAAGAUAUGUAUUUGUCUACAAAAUGGGCAAUGAAACAGACGGACUUCAGUUUAAUCGAAAUAAAACGAAUCUCAUCAUACGAUUGGUCAUAUGAAUUUAGCUGGAAUUUCGACUAGAUAUGAAUAACUUUUUCUUUCUUUUUUUCUCAGUUUAAUUUUAUCGAAUCUUUUUUUAUUACAUCGAAAAUAUGAACUUUAAAAUGUGACUUUUUGUAUCAAAGCAUUUUGAUAAAAUCGGGAAAUCAAUUGAAUUAAAUUAACACAUAAAAGAGAUAAUUUUU